AUGAAGUGCAAAGUGGAGCGAUACUCGCCAUAUACACAGGUAAAAAGAGACGAGAACUGUUGUAUCUCUAUCUAUUACAACUAUUACUUUUUUAGCAGCUAUCUAAGGAGGUUAGCGAGGCUAUUGAUUUUUUAGCUGCAGUAGCUUCUUCUUUGGCACCGUGCGAUGCCUCACUCACCAUCAACUGGCCCGACUGGACAACUAAGACGACUUCAAACCUUACACUUAUUUUAGCUGCAGUAUCAACAUCAGCUUCGUGAAAAAUCCUUCCGUCCUCACAGCGUGUUUCAACACUACAGGUAGACGGCGUAGUCCGAAGAAUAACGAAAUUCAAGGACAUUAGGAGAAUGCGGCCAAGACUGAUCGAGGAGUUGUUCCAAUUUAGGAAGGACAAGCUGAUCCGAAGGCUGAAAUAUCCCUUCGAGAACCGAGCUUUAGAAAGCUUCGUAGCAGGAAGAAGUAACGCGCUGAAGGAAAUAGAAGAGGUAUUAUACGACCUCCAUAUUAGUCAUAGAGUAGGAGGUAUCGAGUUGUAGUCGAUUUUCGUGUAGUAGAGGUACUAUACCUCCAUAGCCAUAGAGUAGGUAUCGAAUAGCGCGUUACUUAGAGAGGUACAGAAUGUUAGUAGUUUUCCUUCAUGCUCGUAUCCAGCAUGAAGAUGGAAAAUAAUGCUCGUAAAGUGCAGUAGGGGUACAGAAUGUUAGUAGAGCUUCAAAAUUCACUGCUGCAGGUGUACUUUUUGAUGAUAUCUGCAUCUGCAUCCGCUUACCACCAUACAACAUAGUUACUCAAGUUGUAUACCGCUCCCUUCCAAGUACGUGAUUCCAAACCUCCCACCAUUAUCCAGGUUUUCGGUACCCGUCGAAUCCUCACAUAUUAUCCUUCGUCGCGCCUAGACGGCUUAGAAAAGACGGUAGAGGAAAUAGGGCACAAUUAAGGCUCGUCAAUACAAUUCAUUUCUACAACGAGCCAUUUCUCUCUGUUAGUUUCCUUCGUUGUUGGGAUUGGCAGAGAGGAUUAUAUGCAGGUUAUUGAUAUGAACUGUUUUGAGCUCCAAGACAAGAUCAGCGAGUUCUUUCGAGACAGGGACGAUCGGCUCAUAUAUCACAGUGUCAAGCUUGGACCCGUAGACCCCAUGCAAGCGGGGAAACAGCCCACACUAGUCAUCGAAGGACUCGGUACAGACAGUAGUCUGUCAUAGAAGGACUACUCGAUACUAUUAUUAUUAGAUUGAUCCUUCUAGUCACAUUUUCAUUUACUUAGAAGGAUUUGGUACAACAGAUACGAGACGUAGAAGGAGUUGGUAUUCUGACUUAUUUUCUAAGCCGUAGCUUCGUUCUGGUGUGUGCGGAAGUACGAAAUUGAUUCGCAACCCACUUGAACCUUCCUGCAUUCAGGUGAGUUGGCAAUAGUGAAGAUGACGCUGAAGUAUUCAAGAGGCGCGCCAGACCCAGACUAUCACAAGAUAGUUUUCUACUGCGCAGAGGGGAAGAUAAGGGUAUGAUCCAUGUUUCAUUUUGUUGCUGUUGAUUUUGAUUUCUUUGUUCUUAGGAAAGCAGGGCUGGGACUAGAACUACUAGAACAAGAAUGUUUGUUUCGAUGGAUAAGCAGUAGAGAUAAGCAGAGCAAGAACCAUUCUCUGAACUACUCGAGCAGCAAUGUAAAAAUUUUCCUCAACCAGCACCUUUCAACACGUUGUUCAUCUUCAUCCCCCUAAAAACGGAGAGGGAUGACGAUGAACAAGGUGUUGAAAGGUGCUGGCGGAGAGGGCUGACGGGGGGUCCGAGUCCGUGACCCUUCUCCCCACGGUAUUCUGUUGACAGAGAGCCCGACAGCGAAGCUGACAGGCUCCUCGUCUGUGUCAAUAGUUACGGCAUGGCCACUGCGACGACGCACGAGCAGCAGCGGCCGCCCAACGCAAGGUGCCCCACUGAAAAAUAGCGUAGCCCCCAAGUGUGCGCCUAGGGGCCGAAAUGCUGGAGCUUCCGCAUCUCGAGCGCAGACAUGGCUUAAGUGGAAAAAUAUGAGUCAUACAACACCUUGUUCAUCUUCAUCCCCCUAAAAACUCCUCUCAGGUCGACAUCUACGGCCUUCAAACGAAGAUAGUAGACGAGAGCUUGAUCUAUAUCAAGGAAGACAAUAGUUUGCGACCUUUAUCAGCGCCGACGGGAAGGCUGUCGGACCAACAGCUGCACGACUUGGUCGCCAUGGAAAAAAACUGCAAAGUCACCUUUCUAUGAUGUUAGAUUCAUUUUCGGAAUCGAUUCUUGGCAUCUUCACCCGAUCGUCUUCGUCCCUGUGUAAGUAGUAGGUUGUGGUUUCUUGAUCUGCUAGUGCUACUCUUGAUUCUGCAGCAUAAGAAAAUACUUCCUGUUCCCUAGUGUAUCAUUCUCUCUUUUCUCGCUUCGUUUCAUGCGCGUCUCUCUCUCUGUCCCUCUCCCACUCUUCAUACCACCAAGACGUAGCAAGCAAAGUCUAUGCUGAGUACGGCGCACGAAAGAAGCAGGAGAAUAACAUAAAGCUUUUGCGGCAGGGUGCGGCCGCAGCGGGCGACAGAAGUGUAGAACCAGUACUAGAGAAGAAUGUCUAUGACAUCGCUAGAGAAAAAGCCGAAGCUGAAGAGGCACAAUCGAAAUUGCAACAGCAAACGCUAGACAAAAGCAAAAGCGAGAGCAAGAGUGCCGAACAAGACCAAGCAGCUGCUUUUAUGGCUAUGUAUAGUUUGAUUCUUUUUCUUGGAUGAAGAUUUUGUUCGGAAACAUUCUCCGGUAGACCAAGGAACCUCACUUUGGUACCCCACAAAAAAUUCAGGAAUAAUUCAAUCGAAAUAGUACCAAGAAUGAGCACCUGUUUCCUUUAGACCUCCACCGUAUAGAUUGAUUGCAUCAAGAAGGAACAAGCACUAAGGUACACCAAAUUUGUAAUUGAUCUGUUGUUCCCGGGGGCUUCACAAGCACUAAAUUACACCACACUUCUAAAUUGAUCUACUGUUUCCCCGCGUUCCCGGGAGCUCCCCGCUCGAGUCCCUCACCCUACAUUGAUUCCAAAGAUACUGUAAUUGAUCUGUUUCCCCGCUCUAAUCCCGCACCUUACGUUGAUUCCAAAGUGGAUUUCUUGGCUCGAUAUUUGGUCGAUUUCCAAGCCAAGCCGUUGGAUGCACUGCAGGCAGAGUUUGUGGCGAAAAAGUGCAAAAACGACUUUCGAAAACGGCUUCUGGACCGUGCGCAGAUCAUUCAGAGGAGGCUCGAGGCGGAGCAGGAGAAUCUCAAGAAGAAAAGAGCACAAAUGCAAAGAAGAGGAGGGGAUAACGUGGAGAAGGUACUGAUGUAGCACCAUGAACUUCUUCAUCUUGUUCUUCGGAUUUUUUAUAAAUCAUCUAGGUAGCAUGUAGUUUAAGCUAUGAUGUUUGACAGUAUAACUUCGCAAUUGGCUUUUGCCUCGGAACUGCAUAGAUGCUUGAUAGAUAAUAAAAAAAAAUAUUACACUGUAAGAGGGCGAAGUAGAUAGACUAAAAAUCCCACAACUCACUACAUCAACGGACAACAUAAACCCUUCUUCAGGACGAGCGUGCUUGGGAGCAAUUUCAGAGUCAGGCCAUGUUCCGCAUCCAGAUCUUGGAACAGCGACUUGCAAGACACGAAAUUCACAGUGUCAAGAAGUUCGUUGAACUUGAAAACGCACUCGCCGAAGACCCUCGUCUUGCGGCCAUGUGGCAGAAGAAAUAGGCAGAGGUGUUAGUGGUCUAUAAUGCUACAUCUACUUCUGCUGUAUCUGUAUUAACAAAACGACAUGUUUAAGACGUUGUCGUUGUCGAAAGUAUUUUCAUCUGAUGUCCUAUCUAUGCGUUGUACUACGCGUAAAAAGUAUACCUAAAUAACUUAGUCUCCUUGGUCUUAGUCUUCUAUUUACAAAGGUACGCAUCAGUACUGGUAGCAGCCGCACUGCUGGUUGGUCUAGAAUUAACUUAGUCUUCUUGUCGAUCUGUUAAAGUGUAAUGACACAGGUAGGUGUCGUGCUGACGUCACACCAACAGGUCUCGUAGUUUGUUAUCCGUUGUAUUUUUUACUACACGAGUUAAUAAUACAGGUCGGGCACCAUCAAGCCGUCCUCUGUAUUACCAAGACUUGGUCGGUAAAUGUGAAAGUGAAAAUUAGACUCAUCUUCAAUGAGAAUCCUAGCAUGAUAAAAGAUUCCUAUAGUUUGUCCACCAAAUCUUACGUUGCAAAUGAAAAUGAACCCAGACUAUGGGCAUGAACGCUUGAGUGAAUUGUAACUACCGUGAUUUUCGAUUUCGAUGGAAUGGCCAUGAAUGUGAAAGUGUGAAAGAGUAAACUGAAAAGAAAAAUGGAGCAG